UCUAUGACUCCUCUCUCACAUUUAUAACGUUCUCUUCUUCCCCGACACUACUCUCUCUUUUUCAAAACAGUACCACCUCUCUCUCUCUCUCUCUCUCUCUGCUCUUCUUUCUUCAUGAGUAAACCCUACUGACAAAACAAGAAAAGAAAGCUAGUUCUUGUUCUUCUCCUCCUUCUCACUAACAAGGAUUGUCCAAAAACAAGAAACAGAGGAAGAACACAAGAAGCAGCACCGCCAUUUGAUGACUUUCUUUUGCUGAACUUGAUAUUGGCCCGCCUUCUUCUUUUUGGUGGUGAAAAAGUUGUCUGCUUUUAGCCUCUUUGUGGGUUUGUUUCAGACUUUCUUCAUUGAUCAAGUAUCUUCUUCCUCCCUGUGACAAUGCUGCUUACUCAUGGGUGAUUCUUGGGUAGUGGGAACCAAUCCUCUUUCAAAUGGGUAGAAAAGCAAAGCAAGUUUCAGUCUUUCUCUUGUUAGAGCUAGCUGCUACCUGAUUUGCCUCUUAUUGUGGGUUUUCUGUACAAGUACAACCAGUUGUUGAUCUCUGAGAGUUUGUUUGGUUGUUUAGAUUUUUGUGCAUUUUCCUUUCAUUGAGAUCUUCUCGGACUUUCCCCCUCUGCUUUGACCAUCUUUGACUCCUGCAAGAGUCGAAGACUUUGAUUUUGAAAAGAAGAAAGAAAGAAGUGGCAAGGGGAAGGAAGAGAAAGAAAGAAAAAGAAAGUGGUCCCAUUGCGCUGUGGAAGAUGGAUCUGUUCAAAGUGAGGAAGUUUAGAAGAGCCCACAAGCCAGAGCCGGAGAAGGAAUCAGAAGGCAAGCCUGUUCCUAGCCCUGAAGAGCCAAAGAAAGACAUCAAUGGUGGCGGUGGUGGUGAGGAUUUGAGUAAAACCAACAACAAAUCGGUGGAUGUGGUAGCGGAAGCCGAGGAUGACGAGGACGAUGACUUCAUAACCAAUGAGGUGAAGAGAAGGUUAAAAGAGUUGAGGAGGAACAGCUUUAUGGUGUUGAUCCCUGAAGAAGAGUCUUUAGCUGAACAAGAAGAAGAAGAAGAAGAUGAUGACGGUGGUGGAGAAGCAGGGGAGGCAAUCUGUGGGGAAUGGAGGGAUGUUGAAGCUGAAGGACGGCAAUGGUGGGGUGGGUUUGAUGUUGUUUAUGAUAAGUACUGUGACAGAAUGCUCUUCUUUGACCGAUUGAGCCUUCUCCAGCUCAAUGAAAAUGGCUGCUGCCAAAUGCCAACUACACCGUCUCCAAAAUCAUCAUCGAAGAAGUUACCAUCCCCCUUCCGUUGCCUAUCAUUGAAGAAAUUCGACUACCAUGAAGCUGAAACGGAGCAUCUACAGCAGCCACAGAACGACCCGUACCAAGAUCUCGAAACUGCAUAUGUAGGUCAGAUGUGCCUGACUUGGGAGGCACUUCACUGCCAGUACACUCAACUCAGUCAGAGGAUUUCGUGCCAACCCGAAAACCCCACUUCCUACAACCACAGUGCUCAGCAGUUUCAGCAGUUCCAAGUUCUGUUGCAACGGUUUAUCGAGAACGAGCCCUUUGAGCAAGGUCUCCGAGCAGAAGUGUUUGCACGUUCAAGGAGGGUUUUGCCUAGACUGCUCCAAGCUCCAAAUGUGAAAGGUUCAGAUGGGAAAGAUGCACAAGAGCUGGAGCUGGAUUCGGAUUCUGUGGUACAUGCGCAAGAUGUCAUUCGAGUUAUUGAGAGUUCGAUUCUAACAUUCCACCUUUUUGUGAAGAUGGACAAGAAGAAGUCAAACACUGGCAUCGCAUUGUUUGGAAAUCAGAAUCAGAUUGCAACCCCGCUUCAAAUGAUCCAGUCUUUGAUUGACAAGAAGAAGAUGAGACUGAAGGAACUAUGCAGGAAGAGUAAAGGAUGGAAGAAGAAAACAUGGCCUCAAUCGUACGAGGAUGUUCAGCUGUUGUUUGGCCUCGUUGACAUCAAAAUCGUAUCCAGGGUGCUUAGGAUGAUCAGGAUCAGCAAAGAACAGUUGAUUUGGUGCGAGGAUAAGAUGAAGAAACUGAAUUUAGCAGGUAGUAAGCUGCAGAGAGAUCCAUCUCCAAUCCUUUUCCCAUGUUAGUACUAGCUUACUAUGUUAAGUGCCACAUUGAGGAAAUGUAGUGUAGGCCAGGAGAACGGGGUUUCGUUUUGGAAUGGUUAGCUGCUAAGCUGCGGUUGAAGGCUGCAAAUCUUUCAUGUAAUGUGAAACCCUAAAUAGAAGACGCAUCAAGCAUGUGUUGGAUAGGAAGUGCAUUGUUCAAUCAUGGGUGAGCCCAAUUCAUCGUGACUUGAUGUUACUUAUCAGAAGAAAGGCCCAUUCUCUUCCCUCCCAACUUGAGCCCAAUUCCUUGUACACAUGUCCAGCGUCCACCUUACUUGAUCUCCAAAAGUCAAAACCCUAGCUGAUGAUUAGUAUUUUCUCUUCAUUUUCUCGCAAGAGGUAUAUUCGUCUCUUCAAAUAACAUGAAGGAAUAGAUUGAUUUGCUCUAGUAUGUACCCAUAUGUGAUUUAUCCGACUUGACGUGCGCUUAAUGUGGAGGGAGUAUGUCCGCCUCACUCCUCCCUUCCCUAUUGACAUCACUACAAAUGAUUUUGCACAUGAUGUCAUAUGAGAUUAGAUAAUGUAUUAUGUUACGGACUUACGGGGAUCUGCAAACUUGAUGAAUUAGUUAUGUGAGUUAGGGCAUUUUUGUGUCCGUUUUUUCACAAAAGUUUUUUUAUGCACUGAGGGAGCAAAUAUAUCCAUACUCGAGAAUCUUGGUCAUCUGAGAGAUUUUGACAGCGAGGGCUCGUUGAUGACGGCACAUUGGCCUCUGACUACCUCAUCCAUCUUGGGUCCGGUCUCAUCUCUCCUACGCUCACAAAAAACAACCCAACAUUGAGCUAUAGUGUUGAAACCAAGUAUCGCGCCAUUGUCUACACUCUAUUCAUGCAACUUGAGAGCCACAUACUUCAGCUCCAAUCUACCAAUGCUUCAGUUUCACAUGAAAACUUAUGAAGCUUGGUUACCAUUUUGUCUGGCAACCGACCAACUCUGAGCUCGUCGUGUCUGGAUACUCCAUAAGCUUGCAAUCUCUUUGACUGAACAUUUUCAAAAAUUUGAUAUGCUCUUCUUCGAUUUAAAAGUGAAGAUAUUAACACUACAUCCAUCUUUCGAGCACACAUCAAUCUAAGAUGAGAAUAACUUGUAUAUAUCUUACUCAGCAUUUGGUGGGUUUCAUAAAGAAAAAACUUGGAAGAGCAAUAUACAAUUAGUAAUUAUAGAUCAUUCUCUCGCCAAACCCUAAAUAAAGCAAAGUCAAAGGUCAGAAAGAAGAAUCUAUUGGUCACCACAUUUCUAGUAACUCCAAUUAUUGGGACAUGUACGCUUUUGAUUGAGUGCAUGAAAGAGAAGGGUGAACUUCUCAGUUCUCAUCUCAAAAUACAAGAAAAAGGUUUUAACUUCUCAUUAUUAAGCCGUCUGUGUCAGAGAACAGAGUAAUUAAGAAUUCUCACCUCACCUCCAUGAAGCUAUUUCAAGCUCCAUUUUUACUUGUUAAAUAUUUGGUAGUUAUCCCAAAAGGAGGAAAAAGAGAUUGAACAAGAAAACUCCAAAACACUGCCAUGAAAAUUCGGUCACAGGGACGGGAGCAGAGGCAGAGAGCGGCUGAUGUCAGCGACAGCACGAUGGCCACGUGUCGACUCAUCCUGCUCUCUUGGUCCUAACGUACACGUGUCCGGGAGUGGCCUUCUGUUCCCAAGCAAUGAAGGCUUCUUCAGCUAAGAACCAGAAGGACCAAAACAUCCCCGCCACCAGUACCAAGAAGUGGUUAGUUUCGUCAUUCAGCAAAUCUCGCCAAAAGGAUUUUUAUACUUUGCAGAUAUGUUAAUUUAAUUAUCAAGUUGGAACAUUAAUUAAUAAUUGAUAAAGAU